CAUAUAACACCCAAUCACUGUAACACAGCUACAUUGUCUGUGCAAUACUAUUUUCUUAACCGCCCUUGACACGCUGACAAGAGCACGGCACCCCAUGUUUUACACUGCGCGCGAAGCACGGCAGUCACGUGCUGACGCCGUUUCUCGGACUUGUCAGAAGGGAGGCUGUCGCACAAGUUUCACGUCACCUGGGCGCCGCACGUGUUGAACAGCUGCUUAAAGGAGUCGCGCGCGGAGAAGAGCUAAGCUGGUGAGAAGUGCGUGCUGAGAAGGGAGGCUGUCGCACAAGUUUCACGUCACCUGGGCGCCGCACGUGUUGAACAGCUGCUUAAAGGAGUCGCGCGCGGAGAAGAGCUAAGCUGAAAUAUUAUCUGUAACAGGCUGCAAUGCGUGGAAAGAAACCUUUGAAGAGAAGCGUUCCUGCUGAAGAGAGCAAUGGUACACCUGAGGUUAAGAAGUCUAAAUUGGUCCAUCAUGACUCCCACCAUACUGUUGGUGGUUUGGUGCUUACCCUUGGACAAGGUGAUGUGGGUCAGUUGGGCCUUGGAGAAGAUGUGAUGGAAAGAAAGAAACCAGCACUGGUGCCACUCCCAGAACCAAUAGUACAAGCUGAGGCUGGAGGAAUGCACACAGUUUGUCUUGCAGUAUCUGGCAGUAUUUAUACAUUUGGCUGUAAUGAUGAAGGAGCACUAGGGCGGGACACAUCAGAAGAGGGUUCUGAAACAGAACCCGGGAAAGUCCAAUUGCCAGAAAAAGUUGUACAAGUGUCUGCGGGGGACAGCCACACUGCUGCAUUGACAGAAGAUGGGAGGGUAUUCCUCUUUGGAUCAUUCAGGGAUAACAAUGGUGUUAUAGGAUUGCUGGAGCCUAUGAAGAAGAGUAUGGUUCCUAUACAAGUCCAAAUAGAUACUCCAGUAGUGAAAAUAGCAUCAGGUGAAGCUGCAUGAUAUGUUUAUUGAUUCCAUUGGUGAAGCUAUACCGCCGAUGGUGAUCUAUAUACAUCGGGAUGUGGGGAACAGGGACAGCUGGGUCGUGUACCUGAGAGAUUUACCAACCGUGGAGGACGCAAGGGCUUAGAGAGGCUGCUAGUUCCGCAGUGCAUCCGCCUUAAGGUGAAAGGUUGCGGACGAGUUGAGUUCCGAGAUGUUUUCUGUGGUGCUUAUUUCACAUUUGCGGUGUCACAGGAAGGCCAUGUUUAUGGAUUUGGCCUCUCAAACUACCAUCAGCUGGGCACCAAGACUACCAGUGCAUGCUUUGCACCCAAAAACUUGACCUCUUUCAAAAAUUCUACUAAGUCCUGGGUGGCAUUUUCCGGUGGACAACAUCAUACUGUGUGCCAAGACUCUGAAGGACAUGCAUACAGUUUGGGGCGUGCGGAGUAUGGGCGACUGGGCCUUGGAGAAAACUCUGAAGAGAUGAGUGAACCUACACUGAUACCCGGUCUCCCUAAAAUUGCUUCUGUGGCGUGUGGAGCUUCUGUCAGUUAUGCAGUAUCUCGGGAUGGCCAUGUCUUCUCCUGGGGUAUGGGAACUAACCAGCAGCUUGGUACAGGUGAAGAGGAUGAUAUUUGGAGUCCUUGCAAGAUGACGGGAAAGCAGCUUGAGAACAGAGACGUGUUGUCUGUGUCCAGUGGAGGCCAACAUACUGUCCUAUUGGUGAAGGAUCGCAGUUGACUGGCUCAGGAUUUGGCAAUUGGCUAAAUGGGGACCGCUUCUAAGCCUCUUUUUCUCCAACCAGGCCCCCUGUGAACUUUUAAUUGACCUCAUAUUAGCAAAAUCCUCUUUGUGGGAGGCUGCCUUACCUGACAUCAGCUUCUACUGUGUCUGGGCUUGUCCACAUGGGAGUUUUUUUUCCUAGCCUGCAUUUUUCACACUUCAGAAACACCAGUUUUCAUAUCUUCCUCAGACUUUGGAGAGAACGCACCAGAAUGUAUGCCUGUGUUUUUUUUUAUCAUUUUUCUUUUUAAUUUUUUUGUUUUUUUUAAUCCUCUAGCAUGAAACAUACACACCUGUUUCCAUACUUUUACUAACUGUAAAACACUGUAACCACUUGUAGCGUUUUUAUGAAAACUGGUAGUGUUCCAAAAA